GUCACGUGUUCCAUUAUGAAAAAUGGCCGACGGAGUAAGUGAAACAAACACAGCUGCUGAGGAAAGCGACGCCAAAGAAGAGGACCCCAAAGUUUUGGAAGUUCUUCCAGACAGCCACCCUGUUGGUGUUAGCAGCAAUGAGGAGACUUCAAAAGACAAACCGGCGACCGAGAGCAACUGGUCAACACCGAUCCUGUCGCUGGCACGGAAGGCAACCGAGACGAUCAGCAGUGGGGUCAGCUACGGUGCAGCGUUGAGAAACGCCACAUCUUCGGGAUCUGCCGCGAGCUCUCUGAAGUGUCCGACUAAACAAAACUCUACGGAAAAUGACACCAACGCUAACCAAUACCUACCGGCAGUGAAGGACCAUAUGGCUGUAGAGCGCUCCAACCUGUUCAGUAUGAUGAAGCUGAGUAUUAAGGGUCUGAUCCAGUCUUCUCUAAGUCUGGGCAGAACCCUGGACUCUGACUACCCUCCUCUGCAGCAGUUCUUUGUGGUUCUGGAGCAGUGCCUCAAACACGGACUGAAAGUAAAGAAGUCAUUCAUCAAUCAGAAUAAGUCUAUCUGGGGCCCUCUGGAGCUGGUUCAGAAGCUGUGUCCUGAUUCUACUGAUAUUACCACCAGUGCCAGAGACCUGCCAGGGAUAAAGACUGGGUUGGGUCGGGCUCGGGCCUGGCUGCAUCUGGCCCUGAUGCAGAAGAAGUUGUCUGACUACCUGAAAGCCCUGCUGGACCAUAAAUACCUCCUGGUUGAGUUCUAUGACCCAGGAGCGUUGAUGAUGGGGGAGGAGGGGACAGUGAUAGGAGGGAUGCUGGUGGGGCUAAACGUCAUUGAUGCUAACCUCUGUAUCAAAGGAGAGGACCUGGACUCCCAGGUCGGGGUCAUAGACUUCUCCUUGUACCUGAAGGACCCUAUGACCACUGAGACCACUAAGGAUGAUACUAAGAUGACGGCCAUAUUGGACCAGAAGCACUACAUUGAGGAGCUGAACAGACACCUGAGCUGCUCUGUCUCUGACCUGCAGGCCAAGAUGAACUCCAUAGAGAAGACCAACGGCAAGCUCAUUGAGGAGUUGACAGCAGCGACAGACAGAAUUAACUCUUUACGGGAGGAACAGGAAACACUGAGACAUGAGAAUGAGACCAUCGUCCAGAGCAACCAGAAGAAAGAGGAGGUGACCCUGGAGGACAGUGCAGUAGAGCUGGAGACAUACAGACAGACACGACAGGGCCUGGAUGAGAUGUACAGUGUGGUCUGGAAACAGUACCAGGAGGAGAAACGCAUCAGACAGGAGUUGGAGAGGGAGCUGGAGCUGCAGAUAGGACUAAAGCAGGAGAUGGAGAUGGCCAUGAGGCUGCUGGAGAAAGACACACAUGAGAAACAGGACACACUGCAAGCCCUCCGACAACAACUAGACCAGGUCAAAACCCUCAACCUGCAGAUGUUCCAUAAGACACAGGACUGUGAGCGUGAGGCCCAGAGGAAGCAGGAGGAAGAGGGACAGCUGGAGGAGAAGAUAAACCAGAUGAAGACCACCAUUAAGGAGAUGGAGCAGAGACUGCAGAACUCUGAGUGUGAUCGCAGACAAAGUGACCAGAUGGACAUGAGGACAGAGCUGGAGGGCAGGGUAGACUCCCUACAGAAACAACUGUCUGACCUGGACACACUGAGGCUGGGUCUGGAGAGUGAUCUGUGCAGUGAGAAGGAGCAGAGACAGGCCAUUCAGAGAGCUCUACAGAUAGAACAGGACAACAGCACAGAGCUACGCACCCAACUACAGCAGAUACAGGGGCUACACACGGAGCUGCAGGAUGUUCGUCAGGAGAAGCAGCAGCUCCAGCAGACCUGUCAGGAGCAGGAGACGGCCUUACAGGAGAUGGGCCUACACCUCAGCCAGUCUAAACUGAAGAUGGAGGACUUCAAAGAGGUCAACAAAGCCCUGAAGGGCCAAGCCUGGCUAAAAGAUGAUGAGGCUACACAGUGUAAACAAUGUCAGAAGGAGUUCUCCAUCGCUCGCAGAAAGCACCACUGUAGGAACUGUGGAGAUAUCUACUGUAACAGUUGUUCUACUAACGAGUUGGCCCUGCCCUCCUACCCUCGACCUGUACGAGUCUGUGACAUCUGCCACUCACUACUGCUGCAGAUGAGCAUCUCUUCCUCCUGACGGAACACAUAUUCUCACACGCUUCACUAAUAAUCUUUCUUCCCUCACUGUGCUCAAAGCCCACAGAGAACAUUUUAAUCAAAUUUGAGCAGGGAGGCUGUUAAGUUCUGUUUUGCCACUAACCUGAAAUUCAGGAUGUUUGGGCAUGGUUGACUGUUGAACCCUCUGCUUUAUUUUGGGCUAAUACUGCCUUUUCUCAUCUUUUAAACUCCCCUGGGUGGAUUUCAAAGUAAGGUCGAUAAAGAAUAGUUAGCCAGCUAAUUGUCAUGUUACUAACAUCAUAUUCCUCUAGGAUGCGGGGGUGUAAGAGUAUGGAAGUAUGUUGUAUUAUGAAUGACCCAGAAUGCAACAAUGUCACAAUUGUGGGAAAAUGUUAGAUGAACUGACCUUCAAUAAUUUCAUUGUUGAUUCACUUAUUAUAGACCUUUUCAGAACUCUUGCUUUAAAUGUCUGAGGCAAUUUAUAGUUUCACAUGAUUCUUUCACUUCCAGUGAAGUAAAGGAACCAAGUUUAUUUCUGUUCAUUUCCUCAACCUGCCUUGCUGAACAAUUGUGGAUUUGUUAAGCUUUUUUGUUGUUGUAAAUGACUACAGAAUGUUAACACAUACCAAGAAAGGUCUAUUUUAGAAUGUAAAUAACGAUCAUUUUGUGACUAGUGCUACUAAACAGCCAAUUUCUGCCCAACAUGUUUUCUAUAUAGAUAUCUAAUUUAAUAAAACGUAUCUGAAUGUG